CCAAGAUGCUUGAUUUUCCAGAAGACACGAAGAACGAGCAGAAGUGUGAGGUCACACAUGGAGUCAUGGGGCAUCUCGACCCUAAACAGCCUCCCACCAAACGAAAACCAUUCUCGGCCAUUUUAGCCCACCCAUUUGUUCACAAGGUAGGUGUUGAUGAUAUCCAAAAAGAUCUUAGAUCAAUCUGACAUCCUUACAGGUUCAACUAGUACUCCCAGCAGAAAUCUAUGAGAUUAUCAAAAAUGAAGUCUUCCGAGAGGAAGAAAGGCCAGACUACAGCCGUGUCAUUCUACCAUUGAAAGCUUUGUUGGAAGGAGAGUUUUUCAAUCAGUACAUUAAAAUAGGUUUGCUUAAUUUCAGAAACCUUCUAUGUGCAUUCAGAUUCUUAUUUGGAUCUCAGGGAACAUUUUGAUGCUCUCGGAAGGCAACCCUGCCACCGAGAACGUUUAUACACUGAGAGAAGGUAGGCGCUUGUAAUAGCAGUAAUACUCAAUUACUGACUUUCCAAGGCAUUUUGACGCUACAUCUUGACAAAGAAAGUUAUGAGCGGGCUGGUAUCGUGGGCAAACCAGAAGGUGUAAAGGGAAAGCGUGGAACUAAGCCUCGGUGGAGUGAGUCAACGACAGUCAUUCAUUGAGUGAGUAGUUGGGCUAAUGUGACUCUAGUCGUGGAAAUAAAUUUACGUCUUCCAUCUAUGCUACAUGGCAAAAAGGGGUUUGAUAGGAUUGCUUAUGCAUUUAAGAAUGUUCUCACCACCCCAAUUACUUGGCUUUUUAAAGAUUUGCAAACUUCGGGUACAAGUUCCAUCUCAUUCCUCUGCAAGCCAAAUACUGAUGUUGGCAAAGCUAUAACACCAAGGCCUCUUGAAGCGCAUUUUCCAAUUGAGAAGAUUUCUUCUCCCAGCAUCUCGGAGAUCCAGGUUCUAGUUCCACAGCUCAAUCCACCGAAAGAUGUGGAUGUCACUUACGGUGCAGACUUUGAGGACUACUCCGUGGAAGUUCAUGAGUGGCUUGCACUGAUUUGCCUCGAAAGUCCUGCUAUAGAUCCAGAAGACACAACCGACUCAUUUCUUUGUCGAUACAAUCCACCGCAGGGCGCAGAUCAGAUCGCAGCCAAUAGUAGUCCUGUGGUCAAACUGACAUGGCAGGGCUUCAUUUCUCCAAAUUGGGCACACGAACUUUUCGUCAAGAUCUUGUUAGCUGUGUCUCGAGUAACAUGGUUUGCCUAUUGCGUUGACGGAUUUGGAGAGGGUUUGACCAGGAAUUGUAGGAACUGUACCAUAUUGAGGCUUCCCAAUGCACCCAACGAGUAUGUGUUGUGGGAGGUAUCAUAG